GCGCAUGCGCGGGGCCGAGGUGCGCGCGCACGCCCAGCCGGCCAGUCGCGCUCGGGACGCGCCUGGCGGCGGCUCGCUGUACUACAUCGCCCGUGUCGUGCGCCGCGCGCAGUCUCGUCCGAGCUGGUGUCCGGUGAUGGUGUCUCGUGUUGUUGCAUCACCGCGAGUAGUGCGAAGGUCGCUCUGACGUCAUGAAGCUGUGAAACACCCCCCUGGAGGUGCUGAAACACACACCAGAACCAUGGGCUGCGGCAUGGCCACGCCCAAGGGCCCGCACAGGGAGAACGGCGUGCGCUCCGAGGGUCUGCAGCCCAACAGGAUGCGCCCCAUCAAGAUCACGGCCGUGGGCGACGGCAUGGUGGGCAAGACCUGCAUGCUCAUCACAUACGUCUCCAAGGAGUUCCCCCGGGACUACGUGCCCACCGUGUUCGACAACUACGCAGACAACAUCACGGUGGACGGCCAGGACUUCAACAUGACGCUGUGGGACACGGCCGGCCAGGAGGACUACGAGCGCCUGCGACCACUGUCCUACCCCAACACGGACUGCUUCCUCCUGUGCUUCUCCGUGUCUGGGCGCAGCUCGUUCGAGAACAUCGCGUCCAAGUGGUACCCGGAGAUCCGACACCACUGCCCCUCCAUACCCAUCGUGCUGGUCGCCACGAAGACGGACCUGCGCGAGGAGGACGACGACUGCGUGUCGACGUCGGAGGGCCGCAAGAUGAAGCAGAAGAUCCGCGCGGCGCGCUACGUCGAGUGCUCGGCCAUCAAGGGCGAGGGUCUCAAGGAGGUGUUCGUGGAGGCCAUCCGGGCCGUCAUGAGGAAGCCCCCGCCGCCCAAGAGACUGUGCGCCCUGCUGUGACGUGCUGCCGUGCUGCCGUGCUGCCGUGCUGCCGUGCUGCCGUGCUACCGGACCUCCGUAGCUCCCGGCCUGUCGGAGCGUGCACUGCUCUUACGUCUCGGCUUCUUCGCGGCUGAAAGUCCGGAACGUUACCCGUGCUUGUUCAGUCAAUAUUCACACAUUUUCCUUUUACCAAUAACAAACUCUUAAAAAACUUGUCCACAGUAUGAUUUUUUCUCAUAAAAAUUACACUUAUUUUGAAGUUGGCUUCAGAAGUGAGAGCUCAAAUUAUAAUAAUCGUGAACACAUGCUGCACGCACGGACAUUCAAAUGCUGACUCUCAUGCGCAACUCUUGAUGCGCACUCACAUAAUUUCUUUCAAAACUAAUUACUCACACAAACACAAUUUUUUUUUUAAAACAUGCCAUUAAUAAGUAUUAUUGCAACAGGUGACAUACGAAAUGAAGGAACAUUUGCGCACCUGGAUUACCGAACAAGUGCUGCCAGUGAAGGCGGCAGACAAUGAAGCUGUGCAUUGCCUGGACUUUCAAGAGCUGGGGCAUUGCUUUGUGGUGCCAAGCUUAAGCGAUGCUGUCAUUUUAGAAGUUUAUGAAAUGUGACAAUGCAAAUUGGACAUGCCUUUUUAAUCCCGAUGGAGUCGCAACCAUAUUCCUCUGCAACUCGGUACAACAAUGCUUUGGUAUCUUGCUCGUGUUACACUGUGCAGUCACAUUUUGCGAGAUGCUCAUCAAUAGAAACCAGCACUAAGUUAUGUUGCAUCAUUACAUCUAUGUAAAUAUUACCUUCCUGGUCUUGUAGAGUAAAUCUCUUCACAAACAAAAAGUCUUUUAACGAAUGCUUUCUGCGCAGUAUUAUAUAACUAAAUAAUUUCCAUUCAAAUUUUUCUAUGAAGUGGUUUGGUUAAGAGUGAGCACUAGUCGUUUUUUCUGUUGCUUUUGCCAGUGAAAUUUUGUAACUAGUAAACGUUAUUUUACAA